AUGCUCGUCCAAAGAUCACGCGCCCUCGGGCCCAUGAUGGCCCGCCGCGGCCUGGCUACCCCCUCGUCCGUGCCAGUCAAGGACUUCCCCUCCAUCACACCCCCUUACCCCCGCCUGCUCAAGACGCUCGACGAGGUCCGCACCGUCCUCCCCAAGGACCGCAAGCUCACCUUGGCUGAGAAGAUUCUCUACUCGCACUUGAGGAAUCCCGAGGAGAGCCUCGGCGGUGGAGGCCAGAUCCGCGGCGAGCGCUACCUCAAGCUCCGCCCUGACCGUGUCGCGAUGCAGGACGCCUCGGCCCAGAUGGCUCUUCUGCAGUUCAUGACCUGCCGUCUUCCUGACACCGCUGUCCCCGCCUCGAUCCACUGUGACCACCUUAUCCAGGCCCAGACCGGCGCGGCCUCCGAUCUGCCCCGCUCCAUCGAGCAGAACAAGGAGGUCUUCGACUUCCUUGAGUCGGCUGCCAAGAAGUACGGUAUCGAGUUCUGGAAGCCUGGGUCUGGUAUCAUCCACCAGAUCGUUCUUGAGAACUAUGCUGCUCCUGGUCUCCUCAUGCUCGGUACCGACAGCCACACGCCCAACGCUGGCGGUCUUGGCAUGCUCGCUAUCGGUGUCGGAGGUGCCGACGCCGUCGAUGCCCUCACCGACACCCCCUGGGAGCUCAAGGCUCCUCUCAUUACCGGUAUCAAGCUCACCGGCAACCUCCAGGGCUGGGCCACUCCCAAGGACCUGAUCCUUCACCUCGCUGGCAAGCUUACCGUUCGCGGUGGUACUGGCCGUAUCCUUGAGUACUUCGGCCCCGGUGUCACCGCCCAGUCGUGCACUGGUCUUGCUACCAUUGCCAACAUGGGUGCCGAGGUCGGUGCUACCACCUCGACCUUCCCCUACUCGGACAACAUGCGCCAGUACCUCCACGCGACGUACCGUGGCCCUGUCGCCGAUGCCGCCGACGCUGCCGCCAAGCAGGGCUUCCUCUCGGCCGACGAGGGCGCCGAGUACGACGAGGUCAUCGAGGUUAACCUCUCGGAGCUCGAGCCCACCCUCAACGGUCCCUUCACCCCUGACCUUGCUACCCCUCUGUCCAAGUUCUCCGAGUUCAUCAAGGAGAACAACUACCCCGUCACCCUCUCGGCCGCUGCUAUCGGCUCGUGCACCAACUCGUCGUACGAGGACAUGUCGCGUGUCGCCUCGAUUGCCGAGCAGGCCAAGGAGGCCGGCCUCAAGUCCAAGGUGCCUUUCCUUGUGACCCCCGGCUCUGAGAUGAUCCGCGCCACCAUUGAGCGCGACGGCCUUCAGGGCCGCCUCGAGGACGUCGGCGCGACUGUCCUUGCCAACGCCUGUGGCCCUUGUAUCGGCCAGUGGAAGCGUGAUGACCACCAGGGCGAGGACAACGCCAUCCUUACCUCGUUCAACCGCAACUUCAAGGCUCGUAACGACGGUAACCUGAAGACCCUCAACUUCCUUGCCUCGCCCGAGCUCGUGACUGCCUUUGCCUUCGCCGGUGACCUCAACUUCAACCCCACCACCGACAGCAUUGACACCCCCAACGGCCCCUUCAAGUUUAAGGCCCCAUCUGGCGACCGCCUGCCUCCUAUCGGCUACACGGCUGGUGACCUGUCGUUCGCCCCCACUCCCUCCCCCAAGCCUGUCCCUGAGACUGAGAUCGCUAUCUCGCCCUCGUCGACUCGCCUGGAGAUCCUCGAGCCCUUCGACUCGGUCUUUGCCGCUGGCCCUACUGAGCUCCCCGAGCUCACCUGCCUCCUUCGUGUCCGUGGCAAGUGCACGACCGACCACAUCUCUGCUGCCGGCCCCUGGCUCAAGUACAAGGGCCACCUCAGCAACAUCUCUGAGAACACCCUCAUGACGGCUGUCAACGACGAGGGUGGCCAGAUCAACGUUGCCCGUGACGCCCAGGGCGAGGACACCAUCCCUCACAUCAUGCAGCGCUACAAGGCGCGCAACGAGCCCUGGAUGCUCGUCGUCGACGACAACUACGGUGAGGGAUCUGCCCGUGAGCACGCCGCUCUCCAGCCCCGUUUCUACGGCUGUGGCCUCAUUGUCGCCCGCUCGUUUGCUCGUAUCCACGAGACCAACCUCAAGAAGCAGGGUGUUCUUCCUCUGUGGUUCGCCGACAAGGCCGACUACUCGAAGAUUUCGGCUGGCGACAAGGUCCAGACCGAGGGCCUCAAGGAGCUCCUCGCUGGCACCUCGCCUGAUGGUCAGAUCCGCCUCAAGGUCACCAAGCCUUCCGGCGAGGUCGUGACCAUCGAGACGACCAACACCAUGAGCGCCGACCAGCUCAACUGGCUCCGCGCCGGCUCUGCGCUCAACUUUAUUGAACUCAAAGUCCUCCCUACUCAGCCAGAACACCCCACGAUCCCAGAGGAGGAGGAUGAAGAGAACGAGCCGCUCCAGCGCAUUGCUGAAGAUACUGGAGAUGGCGAGGGCGUCGAGGUCGAGUUCUACACGCCCCUCGCCCAGAUCCCGGCCGGUUCGGCCCGUCGCGAUGCUAUCAAGCUCACCAAGUCAGAGAAGGCCAAGCUCCCGCGAGUGACGGCCUACUGCACCGCAGCAUCAUAUAACCUGCCUGGUCUGCAGGCAUACCUUGCCGCAAAACCCGCGUCAUAUCGCACGCACCCGCGCGUGUUCGACACCGAGUGCCUGCACACGCCGUACCUCCCGCCGCCGACCAGCGCGUCGGCGUUGAAUCGCUCACCCGCGAUCAAGCCGGUCCAGCCGGCUGCGCUCCUCCCGGUGCCCGAGGGCAACCUGUUGAAUCUGGACGACGACGACACCGUGUCGUACUCGCCUGCACGUGUCCCCGCGCGGAACGACGCGACAAAACGCAAGACGGGCUUUGCGAGGCGUCCUGGCGGCGGCGGUAACCGCUGGCAGAAUGGUGACGAGGCCACGGACAAGAACGACGAGACGGACGACGAGGACUGGGAGGAGGAGGAGUGGGUCCCUGACGUCUUCCUCUUCGAGUAUGGCACCGUCGUCAUCUGGGGCAUGACGGAGAAGGAGGAGAAGGCGUUCCUCCGCAGCAUCAAGAAGUUUGAAAUCGAGCGCCUCAGCUCCGAGGACAUUGAGAUGGAGGAUCUCAACUUCUACUACGCCGAUUACUCGCGCAUAUACAACGACGUCAUCACGCUGCGCAAGGGAUCGUCGUACAUGACAAAACUCUCUCUCUCGCACGCCCUGUCGCAGUCUGUCAAGAUCUCGCUGUUCGAGGAGCUCAUCAGCGCGACUAUCGAGCAGACCAAGGACAUUCCCAAGACACUGAGCGAGACGGGCAAGAUUGGUCUCCCGCGCAGCGAGAUCAUGAAACACAUUGGCAACCUGUUCAUCCUGCGCAUCAACAUCAACCUCGUGGGGUCGAUCUUGGACUCUCCUGAAUUCUUCUGGACGUUCCCAGAUCUCGAGCCCCUGUACAACGCGUGCCGCUCGUAUCUUGAGAUUGGCCAGCGUGUCGAGCUCCUCAACGGCCGUGUCGAGGUGCUUCAGGACAUGCUGAUGCUGCUCAAGGAGUCGGUCAACAGCUCGCACGGCGAGCACCUCGAGGCGAUUGUCAUUGCCCUCAUUGGUAUCGAAAUCAUUCUUGGCCUGGUCACAAUCCUGGUCGACCUGAGCCUUGCUUAGUCGGGCUGUUAAUCAUUCUAGUACAUACAGUACGCCUUGUCAUUGAUUGUGUACAGUAUGCAUGUACGAGUGCGGGG